AUGUUCGUCGCAAAUUACUUUAGUAUGCCGUCGGUGGCCGGCGUCUUAUUCGUCGGCGUUGUUCUCUAUGCCUUGGUCAACGCCUCCAAGUCUCCCCUCCGCAGCUUACCUGGACCAUGGUACACUCAUUUCACUCACCUCUUCCUCAAAUAUCAGAUCCUCACUGGCAAUCGAGUCCACUACAUACACGCAUUACACCAGCGCUACGGUCCAGUAGUGCGCGUUUCACCAGGAGAAGUUGCCGUCAGUGACCUAGAAGCGUUUUCCAAAAUACACAAGAUCGGUUCCGGAUUUCUCAAGUCGGCUUGGUACGAUGCCGUAACUCCCGAUCGGGAACCAGGCAUCUUUGUCAUGAGAGAUCCUCAUCAACACGCUGCUCGAAGGCGGUUGUUUGCACGUGCUUUCAGCGUCAGCUCGUUGUUGACAAAUUGGGAGUCGGAAAUGAGACAAAAAGCUGAGCUUGCGGUGAAGAGCAUAAAGCGAGAUGCUCAGAGGACUGGGGCGGAUGUGUUCAAGUGGUGGACUCUUAUGGCGACGGAUGUGAUCGCUCAUCUUUCAUUUGGAGAGUCAUUUCGAAUGCUAGAGCUGGGCAAGCAAACUCCUUACAUCGAUGCCAUCCAGUCCGCCCUUCUUAUGAGCGGUAUUCGUGCCGAACUGUCAUGGAUCUAUCCUCUUCUCAAGCGCCUGCCUUUCCAAGGGUUAAAGAAGUUGCUGAAUGCCGACAACGUCGUCCUCGAGCACGGUUCUAUAGCCGUUCGAAACAUGCAGAGCGCAGGGGACGGUCUCAGCAAGGCGAACCUGUUCAGCCAGAUGCUGGCUGAGUCUGACAGUCAGGAAAAGACAAAUCUCUCCAUGUCAACCGUGCAGCAGGAAGCGAGCAAUCUUAUCGUGGCGGGGUCAGACACAACCGCUGUGACUUUGACGUAUCUUAUCUGGGCCGUUCUCAAGCAACCCCAGCUUCAAGCUGAACUGGAACGCGAGAUAUCAGAGCUCAGUGAUGAGUUGACCUUUGACGAGCUUAAGAGUGCUCCGCUACUCAACAGUGUAAUUGAGGAAACACUGCGUCUAUAUGGUGCAGCCCCUGGUGCUCUUCCACGCGUCGUGCCUGGUAAGGGUCUUGAUGUUUGUGGCCAUUAUAUCCCUCCUGGUACUGUCGUCAGUACUCAGGCUUUUACGCUGCACCGCAACGAAAACAUCUUUGAGGAUGCACAGAGAUUCAAUGGUCACCGUUUCAUGGAGAAGUCUACAAACACAACAGCACAAAAGGCUGCCUUUUCUCCGUUUGGCGCUGGAUCACGAAUCUGUAUCGGCCUACACUUGGCUUGGAUGGAGCUGCGCCUUGGUGCCGCUCUGUUCUUCCGUGAAUGUCGUGGCGCUUCACUAAGCCCUGAGAUGACUGAUGAGAUGAUGGAGAUGGAGAACAGGUUCUUGAUUGCACCCAAGGGGCACAAGUGCGUCGUCAAGCUGGGAUGGCGGAGCUAG